UUGCAGCUCAAUAUCUCCUACCCAGCCAGUGGGUGCCAAAAGCUCAUUGAAGUAGAUGAUGAACGUAAAAUGUAAGUGCUAUCCUUAUUGGGUUACCAUGAGUACAAGUUGUUGUAGCCUGCGAAAACUUCCGUUUCUCCUCGCUCUUCGCCGCUGGGGACGUUUCACAUAGAGGAAUGUCUGCGACUAAGGGACAGAAAUUCCAUACUGAUGACGCAAAUCAAUGUUUACAAAUAAAUCCAGUAGUCAUGGGGUUCCAAAUAUAUUUUUGUCUUCUGGUCGAUUUUGGUGAAGUUUUGUGUUCAUGUGCCAAUGAGCUCCAGCAAAACUCAAAUGCUUCUUCUAGAGAAGACUAUAUUCUACAAGUAUUGACUGUUUUGUUAGAGAUUCUUCGCGUUUACAUUUGACCUUUGUGGCCUUUUGUCUUUUGUCUGUCAUUUGCAAACAAUAGCUAAAACAAUGUAACUACUCCGUCGACCAAUCAGCACUUCUGACCGGGCUUCGAACAGAUUUUACGUCAUCCGUAUGGAAUUUCUGUCGCUCAGUCGCAGACGUUUCUCCACGCGAAACAUCCCCAGUAGCGAAGAGAAAGGAGAAAGAGAUGUUUUCGCAGGCUAAACUUGUUGGUAAGAACAGGCAGGAAAAAUGCUCUGAAAAUGACUUGAUCUGUAUCAGUGCCUUUUAGUGGUACAGUAAAACAGUUCACGGUAUGGCGGGUUUCUGUGCAGUUUACUCAAUAUCUGUAUUUUUUACAUAAUUUAAAUAAUCAUUAUUUGUAAAAGUGGGCCUUGUAUAUUCAGCACAGGUGCGCAACACAUGCCCAACUGGGCAAAAUAUCUAGUAAGCUCACAGGAACUAAUUUGAAACUAAAGGGCACAAAGGUGUUAGUAGUGCUGGUGGUGUACGCAAAUGUAACAGACCAGGGGCCUAUUCCUGCUUGGGGCUUCAUGAAUACUGUAUCCUCCCCCACAAAUAAAGUCUCUUUUAACCAAAUUUUCCUAAAAAGUUGGUUGACCAUGGGCCUCUCCCCCAUCCAUUCAUUACAGUCAUGUCUAGAAUUAACCAACCAAUCUCUUCUCUUUUUCCACCAGCAUAGGCUUAAACAUACAUGUAGUUAAAUCAAGUAAGAGAUAGAAUGAUGUAAACACAAUAUAUGCACCUGGAAAUCCUUAUUGAGUUUCUUUUGUUUUGUGAUUGCAGCCGUAAUUUUUAUGAGAAGCGUAUUUCUGCUGAGUGCAGUGCUGAAUGCCUUGGUGAGGAAUGGAAGGUCAGUGGACUACAAACCCUUUUGGGGUGGUUUUCAUUGUUUUUAAUUGUACAGUCGUUUUUAAUGGUCGAGUCAGGGCUCAUAGUGAAAAAUAUUACUUCACAUGUUUCAAAAGUCAUCACAAAGGUCCUUGAAUGUUUACAGUCAAACAGGGAAAACUGUAAACAUCAGAAAUAUUUCUGGAAUGUUAUUGUCUUGCAAGAGAAAAGCCAAUCAGGCAUGAGAAAACUAAACUGCAAGCAAGAAUAUUAAUUAGUUUGUGGUUUUGUGGCCAGUGCGCAUGUCCUGAUCUUUGCCGCGAUUGGUCAUAACACAAUAAACAUUCCUGAGAUAUUUCAAGUGUUCACGGUUUUUCCAAAUCUUUGGAAGAUCAACCCUUGUUUGAAUCAGAUUGCAUCUUUCACAUAACAGUGACGCUAACAGGAGCAUUUUUUAAGACAGUGCUUGCUUAUCUGGUUAUGUAUUAAAUUCAUGUAUGUGACUAUUGAAAAUGACCAGGAAAUUGAAAGUUUGUGUAACAAGUAGGUUGUUAUCAGUAAAAGGUUAAAUGCCACCCCUUUUUUUAAGCUUAUUGAUAAGUCUGAGUGAGUAUUUUUGUGUCUUUGAUAGGGAUAUGUGGUGAGAAUCUCUGGAGGAAAUGACAAGCAGGGAUUUCCAAUGAAGCAGGGAGUCAUGACAAAUGGUCGUGUCCGCCUUCUGCUUUCAAAGGGUCAUUCCUGCUACAGACCACGUAGAACUGGUGAACGCAAACGCAAGUCUGUUCGUGGCUGCAUUGUGGAUUCUCAGCUUAGUGUGCUCAAUCUGGUUAUUGUCAAGAAAGGUGAAGGUGAUAUUCCUGGAUUGACUGACACCACUGUUCCACGCCACCUUGGACCUAAGAGAGUAGGCAAGAUUAGGAAGAUGUUCAAUCUAUCCAAGGAAGAUGAUGUGCGUCAGUAUGUUAUCAGGAGGACACUGCCAGAGAAGGAAGGCAAGAAGACCAAGACGAAAGCCCCCAAGAUCCAGCGCUUGGUCACCCCUAUUGUGCUGCAGCGUAAGCGCAAGAUCCUGGCCCUCAAGAAGAUGAGAGCACAGAAAGCUAAGCAGGAGUAUGCUGAGUACACAAGGCUGCUGGCCAAGAGAGCUAAGGAGGCAAAGGAAAAACGCCAUGAAAUGCUGAAGAAGAAGCGUGCUUCCUCAAGUCAUCGGGAGUCCGUGAGCAAAUGA